AUGGAAAAAAACAACCUUAUCGUGGAAUUUUCCACUGUGGCCACGACUCAGGCUAAGCACCUAGCAGUUCUGAGUGCCUCCAGUCACGGGCUGGGGCUGCCUCAGCCCUGCCAGAGGAUCCAUGGCUUCACCUGGGAGCAAAGCCCAAAUCCUCAGUGCAACCGAGCCGCUAUCACGUACCUGCGGAUGCACAGCUACUAUGUGAGUCAUCCCUUACCAACCACUCAGAAGAAAAGAGCCCCUAAGACCUUUAACCUCUGCGAUGACUGCAAAAAAGACGUUGAAAAGAUAAUGUCAAAUUACUCCCAAAACUGGCACAAGCAGGAAGAUAAUUACCAAAAAUUCAGAUCUCAGCUGAAGAGCAAGUGUAAUGGUUUUAACAAAGCCAUCUUGAGCCAGACAAAUACUCCAGUGGGAUUCAAGAUUGUUUAUGACUGGGAAAAGGCGACCCUCAAGGUGGAUCGAAAGCUUUUUAACACCUUUAUAAAGGAGCAUCCUUUCUCAAACAGAACAUGGGACACUUGUGCUGUUGUUGGGAAUGGAGGCAUCCUGGCCGACAGCGGCUGUGGACGGAUGAUUGAUUCAGCUCAGUUUGUAUUCAGGUGCAACCUUGCUCCUUUGGAAAAUGGUUAUGAGAAACAUCUGGGCACUAAGACUGACCUUGUGACGGCAAACCCAAGCAUCCUUAAACAGAGGUAUGCAUCUCUGAUGGAUCAUCGUCAUCCAUUUGUGGAGAGUCUGCGUAUUUAUGGCAACUCCUUGCUCCUCCUUCCUGCUUUCUCCUUUUUAGGCAGCACUCCUAUAUGUAUGCGGGCCAUUUACGCUGUUGAGGACCAUGGAAGCCCCAUGAGACCUGUCUAUCUUAAUCCUGAGUACUUCAUCAGUGUGAAAUCUUUCUGGCGCACACAGGGCCUAAAGUCAUAUCGGCCGAGCUCGGGUAUGGUGAUGGUCAGCCUGGCAUUUGAAGUCUGUGAAAAUGUUCAUGUUUAUGGGUUCUGGCCCUUCAGUAAUCACCCCUAUGGACUCUAUGACUUGAAACACCACUACUAUGAUGACAGGAAACCUGACCAGGGAAUACACGCCAUGCCGGCUGAGUUUGGACUCUUGAUGAAGCUGCACAAUCAAGGUGUUCUGAAACUUCACCUGGGAGACUGCUGA